ACCUCGAGGACAUCUCUUGGCAUCCAGCUCCCUACGCGGAAAGUGCUGACUGCGUUUGGGCUGAUGCCCAGGCUGGGAGCUGCUGCUCCACAGCGUCUUCGCUUGGCGAGUCAGUGGGCCGUGCUUGUGGCACCGGUGGGGACAGGGACAUGGGGACAGCAGUGCCGUCCUCCCUGGGCACAGUGCAUCAGCUGGGGCACCUGGGGAGUGGGAAGCCUGCUGCUCUUCUCAAUCCUCCGCUCACAGGGUUAAGGGUUUGGGGGAAGAGAGGAUAUUUCCAGGGAGUGGUGAGUGGCUUCACCAAAUUACCCCCCGUCAGCGGGGAUGGCUGGCAGCAAGGAUGGAGGAGAAACCCAUCCACAGGCUUUGUGGCUCCUUAAAAUGACAGUUGCUCAGGGUCAGUGGGGGCACUGGGUAUGGUGGGGACCUUUGUCCUCAUCCUCCUCCUGUGCUGGCGCCGCUGCCACCUUCGACCCCCAGCAGCCUCAACAAAAGCAGCGUGGGGCUGCGCGGCGCGCGCCAGGUAAUGAGCGAGUCAGCUGGUGGCCAAAGUACAAUUACAAGUUGUUGCUGGAAGCUGCUCUCUUCCAAGGGAGCUAAUUGAAAAUACACGGAGACCAUUAUGGUAAUGACGGGGUUCUGCGGCGGGGGGGGAGGACUGGAAGCGCAUCGGGUGAGUUUGCUCUCGCCCCCGCUCCAGAAGCCACCACCACUGCUCUCGCCUCCUCGCCUCGCUCCCCAGUGGCUCUUCCAGGCUCCCCGGGGAUGCCAAGAAAAUGAGGAGCCUGGGAGAGGAGCUGAGAGCAAACUGGCUCCCAGGGCUGGCCGAGGCUGUGGUCAGUGCUGGGGGAAGGCUGCCUCCCGCACCGCUGCGCUCCCUGCAGCCUCCCGCGGGCUGAGCCCAUCACGUGCCCGGGACAGUCCAAGGUCCGGCCGGGCAGGGCUGUGGAUGCAAGCACCAGAAGCCUGCAGUGACAUGGAUGGCCUGGUUUUCCUCCUCAGUGUGCUGCAGCUCCUUGCUGCUGCCAUGGCUGCGUACAAGCAGUGGAUUCCCAACACCAAUUUUGAAACCGCGUCCAACUGGGAUAAAGAGCGGGUCCCGUGUGCCAGCGACGUGAUUCAUUUUGAGAAGAACAAGGUGCUCUCGGUCUUCGUCAGGUCUCCCCACGCAGUGACAGACAUGUUCCUCCCCCUGAACGGAGAGCUCCUCCUGGCACCUGGCGCCGGAUUCGCGGCUUUCGACGGCAGCUGGGACGCGGGAUGUGGCUCAGGCAUGGUGCUGAGGUUUGCUGAUGCCGAGCAGCGCUCCUGGUUCGACCCCGCACUGUGGCAGGAUGUGUCCCCCACUGGGGACCAGGAGCCGACCGGGCACAUCUUCUCCGUGGAUGAGGAGCGAGUCCCGUGCCAGUACGACGAUGUUAUCUUCCAGCCCGAAACCUCCUUCCGUGUGAACCUCGACUCAUCGCGGCAAGCGAUCCGUCUCCGGAGCAUCUCGCUCAUGGGACAGGAGCUGAGCAGCGCCGAGGCUUGGGCCGAGUACCUGGGGGGCCCCUCAGCCCCGCGGCAGUUCCACGGCAAUGGCACCCUGCAGGUGACAGGCACCCGCUGUCCCCACAGCUCGGGCUGCGCCUGUGGGAACACCCAGGACGGACACCGCAUCUGCGCGUCCCUGCUCGGGGCAGCGGGGUGCCCGGCGCUGCCCUGCCAGAGCCCCCUGCGGCCCCUCGGCCACUGCUGCGGGGUCUGCGGAGCUGUUGUCACCCUGGAUUUCACACCCGAUUUUGACCUGCAGAAGUACCAGGACAGAGUGGUGCGAGCCUGGCUCAGCCUGCCCAAGUACAAAGGCGUUCGGAUGGCCAUCUCCAAGGUGCACAGAGCUCAGACCUUCCUGGGACUCCUCCCGCGGGGCUCCACGCCUGUCAUCCAAAUCGUGCUGGUCGACGGCGGGGCUGGAGAGCAGGCUGGCACCGCGGCACAGCAGCUGGCCGCAGACCUCGUGGGUGACAUAACACAGCACGGUGAAGCACUUGGCAUUUCAAGCAGCAGAAUGGAGGUGGCCACCGGCAGCACCCUCAGUGGGCAAGCAGGAAGCCGUGCAGCGAGGAGGAUCGCAGCGGGGACGGUCCUGGGGCUGCUCUCCGGUCUCCUGGUGCUGGGAGGGGUCCUCUUUUUCUACCGAAAGGGAAAGCUGAGGCCGUGUCCCCUGCGCCUCCCCCGCCUCCGGGACCGAGCGGAGGACCCGGCCUCCCCCGAGCCAGCAAGUGACAAAGGCUUCGACAACCCCAUGUUCGACGUGGAACCGCUGGACGCCAGCUCCAUGGAGGAGGCGCCGCAGGAGCUGGCUCCCAAAGCCCCGCCGAUGUUCUACCUCAACCCCCUGUACGACCCAAGAGAGACCGAGGCCUGACGGCAAGGCCCGGUGCCCAGGCAGCCAGGAGGGCAGCUGCAGCCUCCUGGGGGACACCGCCACCUCUCCGCCCCUCACACAGCUCCUGGUGGGACCUAAACCACAAGCAGCGGUGCCCACCUGAAUAAAAACAUCCGUGUGGUGAAGGAAAUGGCAGCAAACCUUCACCAUGAGUGCUCGGCCACGCAGGCACGGCCUCCUGCUGUCACCUCUGUUCACAUGA